UUUGUAUUAUAUGUCAAUUAGAUGGCAUCGGGUAGUGGAAGCAGAAAAUCGACAUCCAAAGACUCCCGCCGAUCCCUGACAGACUCGCUUUCAGUCAGAGAGGGGAUCCUCUAUUCUCUGGUCGCUAGGAACACAGCUGUACUUGCCAAAUAUGGCAGAUGUGCGGGAAACUUCACCGAAGUUAGCGAACAAGUGCUCGCUAAAAUCACACCGGCUCAGAAUAAGUUAUCAUAUCAACACGGAACAUUUUUCUUCCAUUACAUAUCGGACAAUGGCCUCACUUUCUUCUGUAUCACAGAUGGGAACUUCCCCCGAGUUGUGGCAUUCCAUUUUCUAGAAGAAAUUAAAAACACAUUCUACAAAUACUACGGCAGUCUAGGCCUGACAGCCAUGCCCUACAGCAUGAACACUGAGUUCGGAGCAGUGCUACAGACGCAAAUGAAGCGGUUUUCGUCAAGCGCAGAUCCAAACACGAAAGUAGAUGAGAAGAUGCGUCAGAUUCAACAGCAAACGGAAGAGGUCAAGAAUGUCAUGAUUCAGAACAUAGAGACCCUCACUGAUCGGGGUGAGAGCCUAGAGCUUCUGGUGGAGAAAUCAAUGGAACUCAGCUAUGAUUCUGUCAAUUUCCACACGAGGUCUCGUGACCUGAGACGCGUGAUGUUCUGGAGGAAUUUCAAAAUCACCUGCAUCGCUAUAGUAGUCGGGCUGCUGGCCAUCUAUUUGAUAUUGACAAUAGCAUGUGGGGGAUUUAAAUGGGACAAAUGCGUCUCCUAAAGAGUCUCUCAAAUUGUUAGCUCUCCUCACUGUCACUCCUCAGAGAGGCAUCUUCUAUAUCACUAGCUCAGUUCAGUUCAUUCUAAACACUCGUGCUGCUCAGUCGCUAACUCUCAGAAUUUAUAUUUUUACCCUGAUUCAACUAGUAUUGUAAUUUAAUUGUCUAAUUUGUCCAGAAACAUAUCUAUUUUCAUUUUUCUGUAAAUUUAGUUUUCUACAUUUUAGUUUAAUACAAUUUUGAUGCGCUGA